AUGAUGGUGCUGGACGGGAACGAACGGCGCCGCAUUACGCCGGACAAGUCGCCCACACAGAGCGUCGUGCUCCGUCCGUCACGUCAUUUCAACAUUAGAGAUAAUUCUCCAGUUAAUCGUCAUUCAUAUCACGGUAUGACGUCACCGUUAACGUCACCGACUUCGAUGCAACGUCUGGGACAAAUGAAACGUUAUUCGCAACAGUUACAGUACUCACCACCGUAUGCUGAUCCAUUCAGCGGGAACCACAUUCACUGUUUAGGGAAACAGACCGACCUACAUCAUUCAUCGUCCGUUGUCGGCUCAUCGCAGCGAUGUUCUGCUAGAAAACGUUGGUCUUCUAAUUUCGCAUUAUCGGCGCUGCCAGAAAGGGAAAUGAUGAGUUCGAACGACUCUUUGGCAGGGUCUCGCCGAGAUCAUGGAGUUGACACGAUGCAGCAGGGUUCUGAACUCCAAGAUAGCCCUCGUGGAUCAACUAUUGGGUCCGGGAAAAGGGAAGAUGUCAACUUUCAUCACGCACAGCCACAUAUCGUACCUCAAGGAAGUAUUCCCAUCCAAGGACAAGUUCUUGUGGAUCCCGCUACUGGACAACACUACAUCGUCCCUCAGGCAACAUUUUUUCCACCAGCUGUGCAACCAAUGUACUUUCAACCCACACCAACACCUGUAUAUUACCCGUACGGGCAGGUUCCACCUCAAGGUUAUGUAAUGCCUUCGACACCACAGCAAGCCCAGUAUUCUGUUCCCAUUGCAUAUCAGCAACGACCGUAUGCAUUCCGUCCGGGAUAUGCACAGAGCACGACCUCCACUGAAGACAUUAGUAGAAGGGACGAUGACAGAAGACUUGAAGAUCCUCCACCGUCUUCGCCAUCGUUGUCCAUGGCUACUCAAUCAGGAUUUUUUCCCACAGGAUACGUUCCCACAUCAGCCGCCAGUUUUACGCAGCAGUACCGAUAUAUUCACUUCUUCGAACAAGGCUGUGAUUGCUGCCAUCAACAAAAUCCUCAACGCAGCAGCCCUAACAGCCAACCUGAAGAUCCAGAAAGUGGUCGAGAUGGUUUUCGGCGUGACGUCACGCGAUCCAGCGCCGAGUUCAACCGUUCCUCCGGAGAUUUCCACCGCCAAGGAAGUGGCGAAUUCAACCGCUCCAGCGGGAGUUUUUCCCGCAAUGGCAGCGGUGACGGUGUCAGAUCAGAAGUGUAUUUCCGCACUGGAAAUAGCGAAAAUGAAGGAUUCAAUCGAAAUGGAGCCCCGGAACGAACUCCACUCUAUGGAGGACCUCCUCCAUGGUGGGGACGGCAACGAGAUGAUCAAGGGGAUUCACUUACAGACGUCGAGAGUCCUCGUCUACCGCAGCGGAUGUCACCACCUGGCUCCACCAUGUCUGAGUCAGAAUCUAGAGGUCGUCCUAUGCCAGCAAAAGCGGUCAGAAUGGACAUCGACUUCAGCAAAGUCGGAGAAGAUGAAACGCCGAAGCCCAGACCGACCACAUCACGAUCGGUUCGAAUGGAUAUUGAUCUCAGCAAAUUGCCGGAUGAGACAAAAGUAGCAGAAAGACGAGCACCACAACGGGCUCCAGCCACUGCAUUUACCGUCAACUUUGAUUCGGGUACGGAAGAGGUUUCACUUCAAGAUGCCGCUAGAAAGUCCGCACAGGCGCGACGUAUUUUAAAUCGCCGUUCAGCUGGUGGACCUACCCCGGUAAAUGCUCAACGUGGUGCAGCUUCGGAACUACCACCAUCCCAUCCUACUAAUAAACGAUACUUGCUGAAUAAAUUGUUACAUGGAGAGGGUCAAAAUGAAGAGGAGGCAGGUGCUGCUGAAGGAACUGAAGUUGAGGAGCGUAAAGAGUGUGACGUGGCCAGCGAAACUGGGACUUACGUUGUUGAUAUGAGUAAACGCGUUGGCAAUGGUCCAGCAAGUCAGGUGAUGGCUGCGAAAAUCGUGGAAGAUUCUGACUCCAGUGACACGAGCAGUAGUGACAGUGAGAGCGAGUCCGAAAGCGAAGAGCAGUCGACAGCUCGUCAAGCUCCUUCUCCACCUAAACCAUCAGCUACUGCACAGCCAACACAAACCCAACAAUCAGAAACAAAUUCUGCCGGGAAGAGUGAUCUAACAAAAGAGUUAACCAAGUUACGCACAAUGGCUGGAAUUCGACCGACUACUACUCCAGCGCAGACAACAAUUACAAGGCCUGCUGGGCUGUACGACAGUUCUCGUCCAGGGCCAGCAACGCCGCCGCAGUCACAACGUCCAAUUACUGGCAGAGCUUCCUUGGGAGCUCAGGCUUCAAAUAGGAAUUGUCUGGCUGCUUCUCGUGGCGGUCCAACGAAUUCUUCUGCUUCAGGGCCAUUCAGGAAAUGGCGGUGUCAAAGCGAAACAAGAGGCGAUGGAGGUCGUUAUUCAAUGCGAGGGAAUCAAGGAGUUGCCCCCUCGAGUCCACAACAGUGCCCUAAGAGGCCCCCAUUUAGAGCUGGGGUUGCACCGAUGAGAUCAAGUUUUGGAAACCCCGAAAAGCAAAAAGAGCAAGAAAUGAACGCUUGGUUGCGCAGGAAGGACUACAACCCCAUGAAAGCCGCUGCUGAGGCUAGAAAGGCCAAGGAACUUAAAGCCAGAGGAGAACAAUUUGUAUCGAAUCGAUCCGUGUCUUUCCAUGUGGGACCCGUCAUGCCCAAGCCAUUGAGAGGUGAUUUUGGCGAAAUGCUGCGAAAUCGUUCCCAAGAAUCACUAGCCGUUGAAGAAGCUGAACAUGCCAGUCAACGAGUGCUGGCUGAAUAUUCCCGCGGAGUGGUGCAGGACAUUACUCGUUUGUCUCAACAAAGCAGCCGAGCCAGCGGCAAGCAGCUCGGCGGACUGGCUCGAGCCGUAGACAUGUUAUCGCAGAAGUGCAAGAAAAGCAUAGAGUUGAUCCGGUCCCAGAACAAAGGAUGUUUAUCCGUUUCGGUUGAGGAUCUUCUAGCUGCCGCUGCAGAACCUCCUCGCAAAGGAGAAACCUUGAACGAGCAACUGGAUCGCCUCUCGGACGCAUUUGACGCUGUUCAGCGAUAUUUGGAACAGUACUCGUUAGAAGACGGGCGCCAAUCACCAAUUCCGGACUUUACAGACGAUGCAUCUGACAUCCAUUCAGUAGCGAGUUCAUCCUUUUCUACUCACAGACAGUCAAGAAGCCCGCUUUCGACGAGUUCGCGAAGAACUGCCACCACUAGAUCCAGCAUCAAUAAACCAUAG